CUCUCGCGAGACUUGCCACGGCUUUUCGCGAGAUCAUUUGCAGCAACAAAUCAGCUCCAGAACCUGAAGACAAUCUGCACAUUUCUGCGGGCCAUGGAGGUCUCCUCUCACAGCAUCUUCCUGCUGCAGCAGCUUAACGUUCAGAGAGAGUUCGGCUUCCUGUGUGACUGCACCGUCGCCAUCGGCAACGUGUAUUUUAAAGCUCACCGGGCCGUGCUGGCCGCCUUCUCCAACUACUUCAAGAUGAUCUUCAUCCACCAGUCCAGGUUUCCCGCUCCGGCGGAGAGGAGGGCUCGUUUAGACAGCAGCUACGUUUACAAGA